GACACAGGCUGCCUCCUGGCUUUGUCUGCACUCACUUCUCUAUUGACAAUGCUGAUCUUGUGAAACUAGUGACUUGGAGCACUGACUGGCUGCCUGUUUUUCAUUCUGAUGCACUUUGCUUUAUACAUUUGAUACAUCAUAGACUAACAGUGACACAUCAGAAGACUUAUUUAGAGAAAAGGACUCUUAAAAUGUCAGGCAAAAACGUUCUGAUUGUGUAUGCUCAUCAGGAGCCAAAGUCAAUGAACGGUUCAUUAAAAAAUACUGCAGUUGAUGUCCUGAGUAAAAUGGGAUGCAGAGUUACCAUCUCUGACUUAUAUGCUAUGAAUUUUAAUGCAGCUGCAACCAGAAGCGAUAUUACAGGAGACCUAUGUAAUCCUCAGCAUUUCAGCUAUGGAGUUGAAACAAUGGAAGCUUUUAAGAAUGGAUGCUUAUGUGAUGACAUACUUAAGGAACAGAAUAAAAUUCAUGAUGCUGAUCUUGUCAUCUUCCAGUUUCCUUUGUACUGGUUCAGCUUACCUGCAAUCAUGAAGGGCUGGAUUGAUCGAUGCUUUGUACAAGGUUUUGCCUUUGACACCCCAGGUUAUGAAACUGGAUUACUGAAGGGUAAACGAGCGUUACUUUCAUUUACGACUGGUGGAACAGAACAUAUGUUCAGUAAAGAAGGCAUAAGUGGCAAUAUCCGCUACCUUCUUUGGCCUAUUCAGCACGGCAUAAUGCACUUCUGUGGAUUUGAAGUCCUUGCUCCCUCAAAUAUCCUAUGCAACCAGAGCAUGUGAGUGAUGAAAGAAGGAAAAGAAAUGCUGAACAAUUGGGACUCAAAGACUAGAAAACAUUUGGCAUGAAAAUCCAAUAGAUUGUAAACCGACUUGGUACUCUCACUAGAUGGUUGGCGAAACAACAUCAUCUGUUUCUGCUAGAAAAGUAUUAACCUUCUCAGUGCUAUUGCUCUUUAGGGCCUUGAUGGUGAGCAGAAGAAAGUGUUCAGGUUCCCAUUUUGUAAAUGCACCAGCCAAACUGUAUAUUGCAGUAAAUUCAAAUGAUUAUUUUUUAUUAUUAUUAUAUGGAUUCCAUUAAAUAUUCUUUAUUGUAAUAGAAUAAUGUAAUGACAAACAAAACUCUGUCGAUUUUCUGCAUACGUAUCUAAUAAACGUCCAAAUAGUAGCUAUGUAAAAACAUAGAAAGAAUAGUUACCUACUAUGCUUUCCAGAAAUCGAUAUAAUCUGCAAAUUCAUAGAAGGCAGCAUGUCAUUUCCUAUCAAUUUAAAGAGCAUCUGUCAGCAUAAUUAAUCCAAGUAAACCAGGGAUACUUCCUUGCUGGUACGAUUGAUCAUGCUGUGACAUAUUUGUUGCAGUAAUCAGAUAUGUAGUAGAAAUUUGUACCUUUUUUGUAUGCCAUAUUGUUCUAGGAGCCACUGUGGGGCUGGUCUAGCCCCUCGGAGCACCAUUUCAGCUCCUUCUCUACCCGGCAUCCUCACUGUUUAGGCCUGGCACUGAAAUCCCAUCCAUGCGCCAGAGAGAGUACAGUCAGCGCAUGCGCAUUUCAGAUCUCAAAACGGGGAGCCUGCUUUAAAGAUCUGAAACUGCGCAUGUCUCAUCUGUACUCUCGAUGGAUCUUAGAGCAGGGACAGCUGUCCCUACUUUGAGAUUCGAUCUGCGCAUGUGAUGACUGUACUCUUACCAGUGCAUGCUCAAGAUUUUACAGCCAGGCAUCUGAAAAGUGAGGAUUCCUGGCCAGUCAAUCAGUAUGGAGAGGAAGUGGCGACAGGGGCAUUGAGGAGGUGAAGCGA